AUGGCUUUAUUUAAAUCCGGUGAUAAAUCUAACUGUAAUAUUUAUCGACCAAUUUCCAUUCUGCCGACCGUUAGCAAGAUCAUUGAACGUACUGUCCAUUUUCAAUUUUAUGAUUACUUACAAGAGAAUAAGUUACUUUCUAUUAGACAGUUUGGUUUUAGGCGUAAUCGGUUUACAUCUAGUGCCCUAUUACAGUUCACUGAUGAGUUGUUAAUGAAUAUGGAUCGUG